GGGCCCUCCAGAGGUGUGCUGUCACUUGUUCUACUGCAGGCCUCACAUUCAUUCACGGCAGUGACAGCAGCCCACAGAGAGUCUCUUUAACUUGGCGAGGAUGGAAGCUUUUUGAGGAGAGAGGAGGAUAGCAGAAGGAAGAACCAUGACGUGGAGGAGCCCUCUGGCCCUCAUGAGGGAUGCUAUUCUCAGCCAGAAGGCCCGGGAGAAGGAACUGCGCUCUUUGGUAUCCAACUUACCUUUUGAGGGUCUGGGUAAAUCAAAGCAGCCGAAUCGGUUCUUCAAAUCAAACGCCAUCAAAACCAACAAAUACACGCCUCUGUUCUUCAUCCCUAUGAACCUUUACGAGCAGUUCCACCGUCUGGCCAACAUCUACUUCGUAGGCCUGGCUAUUCUGAACUUCAUCCCUGUAGUUAAUGCCUUUCAGCCUGAGGUAGCUCUCAUCCCCAUCUGUGUGAUCAUGUUCCUGACGGCCCUGAAGGACGGCUGGGAGGAUUUCAGGAGGUACCAGUCAGACAAGAAGCUCAACAACACGCCGUGUCUCAUCUACAGCAGGAAAGAAAAGCGUUUCAUGGAGAGACGCUGGAAAGACGUGCGAGUCGGAGACUUUGUUAAAGUGGUUUCCAAUGAAACCGUCCCUGCGGACCUGUUACUCCUCCAUACAUCAGACCCCAACAAUGUGUGCCACAUAGAGACAGCCAACCUGGAUGGAGAGACCAACCUGAAACAGAGGAAAGCUAUUUCUGGACUCUGCACAUCGAGCAACGUGUUUGAACCUGAGAGCUUUAACUGGACUGUAGUGUGUGAAAAGCCCAACAACAAUCUCAAUCACUUCAAGUGCUUUGUGGAGAAACCUGAUAGAGAGAAGACGGGCGCUGGGAUUGAGAGCUUGCUGCUGCGAGGCUGCACAGUCAGAAACACGGAGCACUCUGUUGGCUUUGUGGUGUAUGCAGGACAUGAAACCAAGUCCAUGCUCAACAACAACGGCCCCAGAUACAAGCGCAGCAAACUAGAGCGGAGGCUCAACGUGGACGUCUUCUUCUGUGUCCUUCUCCUCUUCAUCAUGUGCCUCAUUGGAUCUCUGGGACACUACUUGUGGUUGAAGGGUCUGUCGGAUGUUCCCCCAUUCCUGGUCUCAGACAGCAAAGGUCACUUGGACAGUCCUGGACUGUCCAGUUUCUACAUGUUCUUCACCAUGAUCAUCCUGCUGCAGAUCCUGAUUCCCAUCUCACUCUACGUGUCGGUUGAGUUGGUCAAGAUCGGUCAGAUCUUCUUCAUCGUGACUGACGUGGAUUUGUACGACGAGGAGACGGACAGCCGAGUGCAGUGCCGGUCCCUAAACAUCACUGAGGACCUGGGACAGAUCGAGUACAUCUUCUCAGACAAGACAGGCACGCUCACUGAGAACAAGAUGGUGUUUCGCAGAUGCUCCAUUAUGGGAACAGAGUUUGCACACAAAGAGAACGCCAACCGCCUGGCCCUCCUGGAGGAGACGACAGAGUCGGAGGAGAAUGUCAUCUUCAGCCAACCGUCGCCAUCCUCACAGGCCAGUUGGUACUUGGAGGAUGAGGACUUCAACCCUGUAGAUACUCAUCACCAUGGCAGCAGACGCAGGAGCAAGAUGGCCGUAAACGCCCAAAGCGGCAUGGCCUUCAGCAGUCCUCUGGAAACUCAGGUGAUUCCAGACGAGAAGCUGCUUCAGCAGAUCAGCCGCUCGGAGAGAAGCAGCAGCAGGAAUUCAGAUCCUUACAUGGACUUCUUUCUGGCUCUAGCUAUUUGCAACACUGUGGUGGUUUCCAUGGCAACAACUCAGAGACCGAGGGUGAGAUCAUCUUCACCCUCCCAUCAGACCUACAACUCUCUGGAGAGCUUUUCUAGUCUGGUGAAAAGGUGGAAUAUCUUUGACACCCCCAAAAGGAAUAGUUCCCCCAUCGAAGAUUCUGCAGGCGAUGAUGCCAACGGAGUCCAACCCUGUUCGUCAGAUCCCGUGACCUUGAGCGCCAGGCCGGCAGCAGCGUCAGAAGAUCUGUGCUAUGAGGCGGAGAGUCCAGACGAGGCGGCGCUGGUGUACGCAGCCAAGACAUAUGGCUUCACCCUGCUGGCUCGCACCCCUGACAGCGUAACGGUGAGGGUUCCAUCUGGGGAGGAACUGGUGUUUGAGGUGUUGGACACCUUGGCCUUUGACUCCAACCGAAAGAGGAUGUCUGUUCUGGUGAGACACCCAAUCACUAGAGAGUACGUACUGUAUACCAAAGGUGCAGACUAUGCCAUCAUGGAGCUGCUUGGAACGCCAUAUGCAGAACACCUCAGUGGUCAACAGAAAAAGAUUGCGACGGACACUCAGUAUCACCUGGACUGCUAUGCGAAAGACGGACUCCGAACACUGUGCAUCACAAAGAAGAUCGUGAGCGGGAGAGAGUAUCAAAGCUGGUUGGUGGACAGAAAGAGAGCUUUGGCAGCUAUAGAAGGCAGAGAGGAGCUUAUGAUGGAUAGUGCUGUGCAGCUGGAGACACAACUUACCCUGCUAGGAGCAACAGGUAUUGAGGAUCGUCUUCAAGAAAGCGUCCCCGACACCAUCACAGCUCUGCGAGAAGCCGGGAUCAAAGUGUGGGUGCUGACAGGUGACAAGCCAGAGACAGCUCUCAACAUAGGCUACGCCUGCAGGUUACUGGAGGAGGAGGACCUGGUGAUUAACAUGAGCUGCAAGAACAAGGUCACAUGUAUAUCUAUCCUGGACUGUACUCUGGAAGAAGUGAGGAGAUUUCACGCAGACCCUCGUAAUGUGGAUACCACCCAGAAAAUUUCUCUAAUGAUCGAUGGAGACACUCUGGCCAUUGCGCUGUCGCCUGACCUGCAGGACCGGUUCUUGGACCUGGCGAAGCGCUGCCGCUCUGUGCUCUGCUGCAGAGUCACUCCCUUGCAAAAAAGCAGGGUUGUGAAACUGGUCAGGGACAAACUCAAAGUCAUGACACUUGCUGUUGGUGACGGUGCAAAUGAUGUCAACAUGAUCCAAGCGGCUGACGUUGGCAUUGGGAUUUCUGGUCAAGAAGGGAUGCAGGCAGUCAUGGCUAGUGAUUUUGCCAUAUCUCGCUUUAAACACCUGAAAAAACUUCUCCUGGUGCACGGACACUGGUGCUACACUCGCCUGGCCAACAUGAUUAUUUACUUCUUCUAUAAGAAUGCUGCCUACGUGAACCUUCUGUUCUGGUAUCAAUUCUACUGCGGAUUCUCGGGCACAGCCAUGAUCGACUACUGGCUGAUGAUUUUCUUCAACCUUUUCUUCACCUCAACACCGCCCAUUAUGUUCGGGAUCAUGGAUAAAGAUGUUUCUGCAGAGAUGCUGAUGGGGGUUCCUGACCUGUACAGAACCGGUCAGGGUUCAGGGGAAUACAAUUUUCUUACUUUUUGGAUUUCCAUGCUGGAUGCUUUCUAUCAAAGUCUUGUGUGCUUUUUUGUUCCAUAUUUGGCAUACCAGGGAUCAGAUGUUGACAUUUUCACCUUUGGAACACCACUCAAUACAAGUUCUUUAUUUAUCAUCCUGCUUCAUCUCGGUAUAGAGAUUAAAUCCUGGACGGUGGUUCACUGGAUUAUCAUGCUCGGCAGUGUGGCUCUAUACUUCAUCGUGACACUUGCCUACAGCGCCAUCUGUGUCACCUGUAAUCCCCCAUCCAACCCAUACUGGAUCCUCCAGAACCAGAUGGCUGACCCCAUGUUCUACCUUAUAUGCAUCAUUUCCACUGUGGUGGCUCUACUGCCCAGGUACACAUUUUACGUGCUGAAGAACUCUGUCGCCCCCUCCCCGCUCAUACAAGCCAAGCAUCUGGACCGGAUGAAGCCCUCCGUAAGAGAGAUGUGGAUGAAGGAGUGGAGGAGCUUACGAGGUGGAAUGGAGGUCAAAGAGUCCAGACUUUCUACGCCACCCUCUCCGACCCUGGAGACCUCUGUGGACUUUUAUCCGGGGUUUGGAGAUGCUGCAAGUUUCGUGGGAGAUGAUCUGUCGCUGAACGUCCUUACAGAUCAGAAGCCUGUGGACACAUGAAAGCCAAAGGCAGCUUGACAGCUGAAGAAAAGAACUAUGAUCAUAAUUUAUUUAAUAAAAUGUAUAUAUGUGAAUUGGAUUAUAGGUGGAUUUAUAAGCAUUGCAUCAUUUCCUAAAGUAAGGGGUAAAAAAGCUUCAAUCCCCUGUUGACUGUUCAUUUUGUAAUAAACAAAGUAAAAAAUAAACAUUUCCACCUACUUUUAAUGAUAACCCAGUUAGCCGAUCCUUCAGAAACUCAUUUUCCCACAACAAAAUACAAUAUAUCCCUCACACUUGAAUCCAUGUUAGGAAUUUAUGCAAAUGACAUUACCUGUUUCUUGUUUCAAUUUUUUUUUGUCUGUUUAUUUCUGUGACAUAUUUUUAUAGCUUGAGCAUUACCAUGUAAAUGCAUGUAAAUCCAUCUUCUAAUUCCCCUUGUGUGUCUGUGUGCAAACGUGCGAGCAUCUGCUCGCAGAGCCUCUGCAUCAAACGAGCAAGAAGGUAAACGUUGGAGGAUUUUCAGAAGCUGUAAGCUGCAAAGUUUGUUGCUUUCUUUUGUACGUGGAAUGUGUACAAGUGAAUCCAAAUUUUAAAAGGGACUCUGUUAUGGUUGGCAUAAUUCAUUACACACCAGCAACUCUGCUUAUAUAACAGCUCACAUCCUAGAAUCGGAUCACUGCUGCCCUCUAUGGGUGAAACAUGGAGCUGCUGAGAGGUCACACAGGACAGAAAUACAGACGUUUUCUUAUUUUCUCUUUUUGGGGUUUUUCAAAACUUGAGAUGCAUCUUUAGAAUUAUUUUCUAGAUAAUUAAAUGCACAUAAUUCUGAAAUAUUUACACUUUCUGUCAUACACAACACAGAUGCAAACAGAAAACAAUGUAAACAUAUAAAAACUAUAAUCAUCAGCCACAUUAUUAGGUACUCCUUGCUUGUAUCGGGCUGUACCCCCUUUGGCCUUCAGAACUGCCUUAAUCCUUUGCAGCAUAGAUUCCAUAAGGUACUGGAAACACUUCUUAGAGAGUUUGGUCCAUAUUGGCAUGAUAGCAUCACACACUUACUGCAGAUUUGUCAUCUGCACAUCCACGAUGCCAAUCAUAUCCCAUAAAGAGUGGAACUUGGUGUAUUUGUCUGGAUGUAGGAUUUGAGAUUUCUUUCUUAAUUUUGUCACAGCUAGGAGUGUUUUUUGUUUAAGUUUUUAUUUUGUUUUUGACA